AUGGCCUUCAUCCAGAUGCUUAUCGCUGUCACAUCUCCCUACUGGGCCCCUGCCCAGCUCUGGAGAAUGGUCUUCUCAGAGGAUCUGGGCCACGGGCCUGGGUCUCCCAGCGCCUCAGAACAGCAGGCCUGUCUGGCCAGAGGGAAUCACGCGAAUGAGAAAAGCAAUGCUGCCUCCGUAUUGUCCGGUGGAGCAGGGGGCAUUGGAUGUGUGCGCGUGCUGGAGUCUGGGUGUGCAAAAAUCUUAGUGAGUCACCGAGUGGUUCUGCAUAUUAAUGAGCUCGCUGCCGCGAGGGCAGGAGCGGAUUUAAAAGAGGCCUGGGCAGGCGGAGGGAGGCUGUGCAGAGAGCGCGGAGCCGAACGCAGAGCGCAGCGCACAGCGACAGCCCCGAGGCACCCACCGACGGGGGCAGCGGGAGCCAGUCGAGCCGGGAGGCGCGCUACGGGCAGAGAGAGGCGACCCGGCGGCGUCUCCGGCCGCUGCACGGACGGGCGGGACGCCCUCCCCGAGUCCCUGCUCUCGCGCCGGGCCCCUCCGGCCAGCAUGAGGCUCCUGACGGCCGCGCUGCUCCUGCUGCUCCUGGCGCUGUGCGCCGCGCGCGUGGACGGGUCCAAAUGCAAGUGUUCCCGGAAGGGGCCCAAGAUCCGCUACAGCGACGUGAAGAAGCUGGAAAUGAAGCCAAAGUACCCGCACUGCGAGGAGAAGAUGGUUAUCAUCACCACCAAGAGUGUGUCCCGGUACCGGGGUCAGGAGCACUGCCUGCACCCCAAGCUGCAGAGCACCAAGCGCUUCAUCAAGUGGUACAACGCCUGGAACGAGAAGCGCAGAGUCUACGAAGAAUAGGGUGAAAAGUCCCUGAUGGGAAGACUUCGCACCAGUUGGGAGAUGAGCAAAGGACUUCGCAGAUAAAAAAAAAAACAAACCCUUUCUUUCUCGCAGGCAUAAGACACAAAUUAUAUAUUGUUACAAAGCACUUUUUACCAAGGGUCAGUUUUUACAUUUUAUAGCUGUGUGCAAAAGGCUUCCAGAUGUGAGACCCGUCUCUCUUGCGCUCCAGGCUUCAUCACAGGCUGCUUUUUACCGAAAAGGGGGAAAACUCAUGCCUUUCCUUUAUUAAAAAAAAAAUGUUUUUUGUAUUUGUCCAGA